UCACCGAAUACUGUUAUACAUUUUUGCAUUUAUCCUUGUGCGCUACAACGUCAUUUCAUACGGGUUCAUAUAUUUAGUCGAGGACAUUGAAAAGGAAAAUUUCAUAGUUUAGAACACACAGUGGUGAACGAAGGACAACUAAAUAAUGAAAUUAUUUUAUUUUGCAUUAGUGCUAGGAUUAGUAACACUAACGUCAGCUAACAUUAAUGGCCCCUAUCUGCUUUGGGGUCAUGCCAAAGUUGUAAAUCUUCAACCAGCAGCUCUGGUCGAAGCCAGUGAAAGUGAUUUUUCCGAUUUGUUUCGUGAUGCAAAAGCUAUUGUGAUAUUUGUACGCAACAAUACCAGACGCUUGGAGUCGCAGAAAUAUCCCAAAUUUCAUCAAUUGAUCAAGGAUAACUCCUGGUCGUAUUUGCCACAGCACACCUUGCUUGCGAAUCCCUUCAAUUACAAUGCAAAUAUUGAGGUCAUCAAUCUAAGUGGUCCUGUUGAGGAAAGUGAUUCGGAAAUUGUUGGUGGCUUUGCUGAUGCCUUAUCCAUUUACGGUGAAGGUGAAGUUUUGGGAAUCUUAGCAAGCCGUGAAGAAGAAGCUCAUUUCAUUGCCAAACGUGAGGCCGGCGAGGGCGAAGGAGAUGCUGGGGUUAGUACCACUUCCUCGCCACCGGGCCCCGAAGAAACUGAGGAAAGUUACAUUUAUGUAGCCAGUGGCGAAAAAGCUGUUCUCCAUGUUAACGCUGCCCCCGAGUUGUAUAUCCAGCACAAGAAUCUUAGUCUUAAGGAACACAACAAGGAAAUAACUUUUGAUGAUCAAAGAUCAAAGGGAUAUGGCCGUUUGAGUAUAAUUUUCAAAGUGGAUGAUGAGAAAGUAACGCUGCGAUUUAAUUUCACUUUGAAAUAUGGAACAUGGGCAAUGAAAGCCGUGGAAGUUCGUUACAAAGAUAACGAAACUGUGCUGCAGGUAGUGGGACGACAAUACGAUGUACCUUCGGCUCCCUUGAAAUUCUCCUAUCGUUGUUCAUCACGGCAUUUGUUGUUUACGAAUGGAAAUGAUACAUUGAAGAUAAAGGAUUAUCAGGUUCAACCCUGGCUAGAGGGUGCUUUAAAGUUUGGUGAUGUCUACGAUUGUGUAGGUUUCACCACCGCACCCAUAUGGGCGGGUGUUUUGGUUACCCUAUUCCUGUGUGGCAUUUUGACCAUUGGAAUCUUGGCUCUGAUGGAUAUUAAGACACCCAAUCGUUUCGAAAGUUCACGCAGCAAACAAUUGACCUUUACAGUACAAGAGUGAAGCGUCCCAGGGAAACCAUAGUGGUAAAGGGGCGAAAAAGCCCACGGCAGUGUGGCCAGCACCAACAUGUUUGUUCCCAUGAUAGUGGGCAUUAUAAAACCGUUACUACUACUGGCGUUGGCAGUGCAAAUAUUUCUAAUCCAAUCUUUGUUCAUUUGUAUAGUAUUAUAUAUCUAUUUAUGUUGUUUCUAUUAGUGAAAUUAACCAACCAAAAAAAGUAAGGAAACAAAAAC